CCUCGAUCCUCAUGCGCGCUUAAUGAAUAUUCCACGACUGGAGCAGCAGCAUUUCACUCAGGCAAAAAUUAGACAACGGAAAUUGUGAAAACAAUUGCAGUAGCUUAAUGCCUACCUCAUGGUGAAAGUUUGGAGACAUCUUCCCAGCUUGCAACAAUGUUGCCUUUGUCCAUGUUGACAAGAUGGACCGUCCAAUCUGCGUUACGUUCUACUUGGAGUCCAGGCUGUCUGUGGUGUCCGUGCAGAAGUGUGUCAGUGAAGACGGGCGGAUGGAAGACGAAGAGUGUUCCUCACAGAUACUUAGGCCAGCCUAGUCCUUACACUCACCCCCAUCUGGUCAAACAUGGUGAGGUGACCCCUGGCCUGACCCAGACGGAGUACGAGCUCCGUCGCCAGCGGCUGGCUUCGCUUGUGGAGGCUCAGGCGGACAGGUUGGGGGGAAGCUCGCCGCGCACCUCAAACGUGGUGAUCGUCCUCUCCCACCCCACCCGCUACAUGACCAACGACAUCCCCUACCCCUUCCACCAGAACCAGGACUUCCUCUACCUCACGGGCGUCUUCGAGCCCGACAGCGCGCUAGUGUUGCAUGGCACCGGGCGGCCGGACAACGCCAUCCUGUUUGUGCCCCGCCGAGACCCCGCCCGGGAGCUGUGGGACGGCCCGCGCUCAGGAAAGGACGGAACGUCGGCGCUGACGGGGGUGGAGAGAGUGCACAGCACAGAGGAGCUGAGCCUCGUGCUCAGGACCCUUAAAGGCGCCACGUUGUGGUACGACAGCUCCCAGCCCUGCCACCCGCGGCUGCACCAGUCCCACGUGCGGCCCCUGCUGGAGGCCGGGGCGGCGGUGCACUCCCUCAGGCCCCUCACGCACUCCCUGCGAGCGGUCAAGAGCCCCGCCGAGGUGGCCCUGAUGAAGCAGGCCGGCCACAUCGCUGCUCAGGCAUUCAAGAAAACCAUGGCCAUGUCUUCAGGGGACAUCGAUGAAGCUUUACUGUAUGCCAAGUUUGAUUUCGAGUGUCGGGCGCACGGCGCUAACUUCCUGGCGUACCCCCCAGUGGUGGCAGGUGGAAACCGAGCCAACACUCUGCACUACAUUAACAACAACCAGAUUGUUAAAGAUGGGGAGAUGGUGCUGCUGGAUGGAGGCUGUGAAUAUUUCGGCUACGUCAGUGACAUCACACGCACGUGGCCGGUAAAUGGAAGGUUCAGCCCGGCCCAGGGUGAGCUCUAUGAGGCGGUGCUGGAGGUCCAGAUGGCUUGUCUGUCACUCUGUACCCCGGGGGUCAGCCUGGACCACAUCUACAGCUCCAUGCUAGCGUUUCUGGGACAGCAGCUCAAGAGGCUGGGCAUUGUCAGCAGCGGCGCCAGCGAGACGGACACACUCAAGAUUGCACGGCGCCUCUGUCCCCAUCACGUCGGCCACUACCUGGGCAUGGAUGUGCACGACACACCUGAGCUGUCCCGCUCUCAGCCUCUUCAGCCUGGCAUGGCCAUCACUAUUGAGCCAGGACUGUACAUCUGUGAAGAUGAUGAAAGCUGCCCAAAACGAUUUCGAGGACUUGGGGUGCGGAUAGAGGAUGAUGUGAUGAUCCAAGAGGAAGGGAUCCCGCUAAUCCUGUCUGCAGACACCCCAAAAACCAUUGCUGAUGUGGAAAAAACCUGCAGUCAAUAAGAUGGUUGAACAGAUGGGUGGUCAAGAAUGCCAUGUCAGUGUGCUGAUAGAUGCAGAGGAGUUGGUCAAAGCAUUGACAUAGCCUACCUGAACCCUGGAAAAUUCAGAGUGGCAUCUGCUAAAAGCUUCACCUGAAAAAAUAUGAAAAGAAAACAAAUCUCAGUGUUCUGUUAUUUUACAAUAAACUGAUUUUAGAUAA